AUGUUGUAUAAAUUUGAGCUCGAGCUCUCGGCAGGUGAAAUUUCACAGGCUGCGUACGCUCCAUACCGCCCCGAAGCAGUGACCCUCACGGUGAAGAUUGCAGCGAUCCUGUGGAUUGUUACGCUCCCUUCAGCCACCUUUUUCCGACCGCCUCUGCAGUCUCACGAUAGCCUCGGGAAGGUACACCCCAUCAGCAGGAGUUCGGGGCGGCUGCGGGCGCCCAAGGUGGGCGAGGACGGCAGCUCGGGGGGCUGCGUCUUGGCUGACGAAGAUUUUUUCCCUUUGAGACGCCAGAACAUCUCGGAUAAAAAGCAGCCGGCAGCACGCAGGGGCUGUGACAAGGGGACAGCCCCCGCCUCUGCUCUGGGGGACAGGGAAGGGGGUGGCAGCGGGAACGUGCCCCCCCCCCCACCCCCCAGCCACCGGUGUCAGCUGGGCCCGGGGGUGCAGGGGGCUUGGAGCGGGUGCUGGCUGUGCCUCGCCCUGCAGGCGGGUUUGCGCCGGUCUGACCCGUGUGCGUUGCUCCCUGCAGGCGUGAAGAAGAGGACUAAAGUCAUCAAGAACAACGUGAACCCCGUAUGGAACGAGGGCUUCGAGUGGGACCUGAAGGGAGCUCCCCUGGACCCCGGCGCCGAGCUCACUGUUGUCGUGAAAGACCAUGAGACCGUGGGGAGAAACAGGUUUUUGGGAGAAGCCCGAGUGCCCCUGCGAGAUGUCCUCUCCUCCCCCAGCCUGGCGGCCUCCUACAACCUCCCCUUGCUGGACACCAAGAAGCAGAGCACUGGGGCUUUCCUCAUCCUGCAAGUGUCCUACAUCCCCCCACCGGGAGCUGCCCCCCUGUUUCCCCCUCCGGCCCCCCCUGAGCCAGCACCGGCUGCUGCUGAGCCCGACACGGUCACUGAGACGGCCGGAGAGGAGGAGACGGAGGAUCAGGCAGCGACAGGGGACGAGACGGAGCCCUCCUCCUCCUCCUCGGGGCCGCCGGGGUCCGAGCCCCCCUCGCUGCCCCGCAAGCCCCCCGUGCACCACGUCCAGGGGGUCAAGCGGAGGAGGAGCUCGCCCAAAAAGCCUCUAUCCAACAAGCCGCAGGACUUCCAAAUCAGGGUGAGGGUCAUCGAGGGCCGGCAGCUCCCCGGGGUCAACAUCAGGCCCGUGGUGAAGGUGACGGCCGCCGGGCAGACCAAGAGGACGAGGAUACGCAAAGGCAACAGCCCCUUUUUUGAUGAGACCUUCUUCUUCAACGUCUUCGAGUCGCCGGCCGAGUUGUUCGACGCGCCCAUCUUCAUCACGGUUGUGGACUCUCGGUCUUUCCGGACGGACUCGGUGAUCGGGGAGUUUCGGAUGGACGUCGAGACCGUUUACUCCGAGCCAAAACACGCUUUUCUCAGGAAAUGGCUGCUGCUGUCUGACCCGGAGGACUUCUCUGCGGGGGCCAAGGGCUAUCUGAAAGUCAGCCUGUUCGUGCUGGGGCCUGGAGAUGAAGCUCCUCUGGAGAAGAAGGAGGUCUCUGAAGACAAGGAAGACAUCGAGGGCAACCUCCUGCGCCCCACGGGGGUCACCCUGAGAGGGGCUCACUUCUGCCUGAAAAUCUUCAAAGCCGAAGACUUACCCCAGAUGGACGAUGCCGUCAUGGACAACGUCAGGCAGAUCUUUGGCUUCGACAGCAACAAGAAGAACCUGGUCGAUCCCUUUGUGGAAGUCAGCUUUGCGGGCAAGACGCUCUACUCGAGGGAUGAGUUUCCUGCUCUCGCGAAGCCUCUGAAAGCCGCAGACCCUGACGAUGGGCUCGGGUUCCUGCCGACCUUCGGUCCCUGCUAUAUCAACCUCUACGGCAGCCCCCGGGAGUUCACCGGCUUCCCCGACCCUUACGAGACGCUCAAUUUAGGAAAGGGCGAGGGAGUCGCGUAUCGUGGCAGGAUGCUGGUGGAGCUGGAGACCAAACUGGUGGAGCACGUGGAGCAGAAGGUGGAGGACAUUUCUGCGGAUGACAUCCUGCGGGUGGAGAAGUACCUGCGCCGUCGGAAGUACUCCCUCUUCGCUGCCUUCUACUCGGCCACCAUGCUCCAAGACGUGGACGACGCCAUCCAGUUUGAGGUCAGCAUUGGCAACUACGGCAACAAAUUUGACAACACCUGCCUGCCCUUGGCCUCCACCACGCAGUACAGCCGGGCUGUCUUUGACGGUUGUCAAUAUUACUACCUGCCCUGGGGCAACGUGAAGCCCGUGGUGGUGUUGUCAUCCUACUGGGAGGAUAUCAGCUAUCGCACUGAUGCCCAAAACCUUCUCCACCACGCAGCAGACAGGCUGGAAGCAAACCUGGAGAAGGUCCAACUGGCUCUCAAGGCCAACCGCUCGCCGAGCGAGCUGGACGCCCUGGGUGCCCAGCUGGUGGAUGACGUCAUCGCUGACUGCAGCCUGACCCUGCCCGACGUCGUGGGGAAGCUGGCCAGCACCCACCUGGACCAGAACAUGUACCGCUUUCGCAGCACCAACCUGGAGCAGAUAGUGAAGGCAGCCCUGAAGCUCAAGCACGACGACUCGAGCCUGUUGGUGGCCCUGGAGCAGGCAGAGGACUGGCUCUCCAGGCUGAAGGCCAUGGCAGAGGAGCCCCAAAACAGCCUGCCCGAUAUAGUCAUCUGGAUGCUGCAGGGAGACAAGCGCGUAGCGUACGCCCGCGUGCCAGCCCACGAGGUCCUUUUCUCCAGGGGCAUCUCCAGCUGCUGCGGCAAGAACUGCGGGAAGCUGCAGACCAUCUUCCUGAAGUACCCCCAGGAGGAGGCGAUGGGUCCGAGGAUCCCAGCCCAGAUCCGGGUCCAGCUCUGGUUCGGGCUGUCGGUCGAUGAGAAGGAGUUUAACCAGUACGCCGAGGGGAAGCUCUCCGUCUUUGCCGAAACCUAUGAGAACCAGACCAAGCUGGCGCUGGUGGGGAACUGGGGCACGACCGGCCUGACCUACCCCAAAUACUCAGAUGUCACCGGCAAGAUCAAGCUGCCCAAGGACAGCUUCCGCCCCUCCACGGGCUGGACCUGGGCCGGGGACUGGUUCAUCUGCCCGGAGAAGACGUUGCUGUACGACGUGGACGCCGGGCACCUGAGCUUCGUGGAGGAGGUGUUCGAGAACCAGGUCCGGCUGCCUGGAGGCCAGUGGAUCCACAUGACUGACGCCUACACCGAUGUGAACGGGGAGAAGGUCUUGCAUAAGGAUGAGAUUGAGUGUCCUCCGGGCUGGAAAUGGGAAGACGUGGAGUGGGACACCGAUCUCAACAGAGCCGUGGAUGAGAAAGGCUGGGAGUACGGCAUCACCAUCCCGCCGGACCGCAAGCCCAAGGCCUGGGUGCCGGCCGAGAAGAUGUACCACACCAACCGGCGACGGCGCUGGGUGCGGCUCCGCCGGAGGGACAUCACGCAGAUGGAGGCCAUGAGGAAGCACAAGCAGGAGGAGCUGGACGGGGAGGGCUGGGAGUACGCCUCGCUCUUCGGCUGGCGCUUCCACCUGAAGCAUCGCCGGACCGACACCUUCCGCCGCCGCCGCUGGAGGCGCAGGAUGGAGCCCCUGGAGCGCACCGGGGCCGCCGCAGUCUUCGCCUUGGAGGGGGCCCUGGGAGGAGUGACAGACGACAGGAGUGACGAUGGCAAAUCCAUCUCCACCCUCAGUUUCGGUGUCAACAGACCCACCAUUUCGUGCAUAUUUGACUGUGGGAACAGAUACCACCUCCGCUGCUACAUGUACCAAGCACGGGAUCUGAUCGCCAUGGAUAAGGACAGCUUUUCAGAUCCUUAUGCCAUUGUCUCCUUCCUCCACCAAAGCCAGAAGACGGUGGUGAUCAAGAACACCUUGAACCCCACCUGGGACCAGACACUCAUCUUCUACGAGAUAGAGAUCUUUGGGGACCCCCAGAACGUAUCUGACUCCCCUCCCAACAUCGUGGUGGAAAUAUAUGACCACGACACCUAUGGUGCGGAUGAGUUCAUGGGGCGCUGCAUUUGCAAGCCCAGCCUGGCGCACUCGCCACGGCUCUCCUGGCACCCGGUCAUCAAGGCGAACAGAAAUGUCGGCGAGCUGCUGGCUGCCUUCGAGCUGAUUCAGAGGGAGAAGCCGGCUGUCCAUCACGUCCCUGGCUUCGAGAAUGAGCUGUCCUCCAGUCUGGAUGAGUCCGCGGACUCUGACCUGCCGUACCCCCCACCCCAGCGGGAGCCCAACAUUUACAUGGUCCCCCAAGGAAUCAAACCGGUCCUGCAGCGCACGGCCAUCGAGAUCCUGGCCUGGGGGCUGAGGAACCUCAAGAGCUACCAGCUGGCCAGCGUCACCUCGCCCAGCCUGCUGGUGGAGUGUGGAGGCCAGCUCGUGCAGUCCUGCGUCAUCAAGAAUGUCAAGAAGAACCCCAACUUUGACGUCUGCGUGCUCUUCAUGGAAGUGCGUUUACCCAAGGAGAGCCUGUACAGCCCCCCCAUCAUCGUCAAAAUCAUUGACAACAGGCCGUUUGGCCGAAGGCCUGUGGUGGGGCAGUGCACCAUCCGCUCAUUGGAGGACUUCUACUGUGACCCCUACCGAGAGGAGACGGACGGUCCCCAGGAGCACUCAGAUGAUGUGAGCCUCACGCCCAGGGAUGACGUCCUAAUUGACAUCGAUGACAAAGAGCCUCUUAUUCCUGUCCAGGAGGAAGAAUUCAUUGACUGGUGGAGCAAAUUCUAUGCUUCCACAGGAGAGAGGGAAAAAUGUGGCUGCUAUUUAGAGAAGGGCUUUGACACCCUGAAGGUCUACGAGACGGAGCUGGAGAACGUGGAGGACUUCGAACAUCUCUCCGACUUCUGCCACACCUUCAAGCUGUAUCGCGGCCGGUCGCAGGACUCAAAUGACGACCCCUCGGUUGUGGGGGAGUUCAAGGGUUCGUUCAGAAUUUACCCUCUCCCGGAUGACCCGCGAGUCCCAGUGCCACCUCGGCAGUUCCACCAGCUGCCGGCCAGAGGACCCCAGGAGUGUCUUGUCAGGGUCUACAUCAUCCGGGCCUUCGACCUCCAACCCAAGGACACCAAUGGAAAGUGCGAUCCCUAUGUGAAGAUUUCAGUGGGAAAGAAAUCCAUAAAUGACCAAGAAAAUUACCUCCCCUGUACGCUGGAGCCUGUCUUUGGAAAGAUGUUUGAGCUCAGCUGCACUCUGCCCCUGGAGAAGGACUUGAAGAUCACGCUCUACGACUACGACCUCUUGUCGAAGGAUGAGAAGAUUGGGGAGACCGUCAUAGACCUGGAGAACCGGUUCCUGUCGAAAUACGGGGCGCGCUGUGGCCUCCCCCAAACCUACUGCGUCUCUGGACCCAACCAGUGGCGAGACCAACUCCGACCUUCCCAGCUGCUUCACCUCUUCUCCCUGCAGCACAACUACAAGGCCCCCACCUACAAGUCCGACCGGGUCAUCUUCAGGGAGCAAGAGUACAUCCUCUCUGAACUGGAGGAUGGCAAACCCCUCAACCCCCACCUGGGGCCGGUGGAGGAGCGUCUCGCCCUGUACGCGCUGCGGAAGCAAGGGCUGGUGCCAGAGCACGUGGAGACGAGACCUCUUUACAGCCCUCUCCAGCCAGAAAUCGAGCAGGGAAAGCUACAGAUGUGGGUGGACCUGUUUCCGAAAUCUCUGGGUCAGCCUGGCCCCCCUUUCAACAUCACACCACGCAAAGCCAAGAGGUUCUUCUUGCGCUGCAUCAUCUGGAACACCAAGGACGUCAUCCUCGAUGACCUCAGCAUCACCGGGGAGAAGAUGAGUGACAUCUAUGUCAAAGGCUGGCUGGUUGGCCACGAGGAGAACAAGCAAAAAACAGAUGUGCACUACAGGUCUAUGGGAGGAGAGGGCAACUUCAACUGGAGAUUCAUCUUCCCCUUUGACUACCUCCCGGCUGAGCAAAUGUGUUACAUCGCAAAAAAGGAUGAGCACUUCUGGAGCUUGGACAAGACAGAAAACAAGAUUCCACCGCAGCUUAUCUUCCAGAUCUGGGACAAUGACAAGUUCUCUUUCGAUGACUAUUUGGGCUCCAUUCAGAUGGAUCUUAACAGAAUGCCCAAACCUGCCAAGACCGCUGAGAAGUGCUCCUUAGAGCUAGUAGAUGAGACCUUGUCUUCAAGUCGCCUUGUGUCACUCUUUGAGCAGAAAACUGUCAAGGGAUGGUGGCCUUGUGUUGCUGAGCAGGAUCAAAAGAAGAUCCUGGCGGGCAAAUUGGAAAUGACUUUGGAAAUUGUGGCAGAACAAGAGCAUGAAGAGCGGCCAGCUGGCGUGGGUCGGGAUGAGCCAAAUAUGAACCCCAAGCUGGAGGACCCCAAGCGCCCGGAGACCUCCUUCCUGUGGUUCACCUCCCCGUACAAGACCCUGAAGUACAUCCUGUGGCGGCGGUACAAGUGGGUGCUUAUCCUGGCCAUCGUGCUCUUCAUUUUGCUGCUCUUCCUGGGGAUCUUCAUCUACGCCUUCCCGAACUAUGCUGCUAUGAAACUGGUGAAACCUUUCAACUGAACCUGUGCUGGAAAACGCCUGAAAGGUCCGCUGCCUGCCUGGGGAUUUUGGAAAGAAGUUGCGGCUCUGCACUGGAUCACAUCAGCAGAUGGAGACGGAGAAGGAACAGCCUCUCUCAGGCCCUAGGCUGCUGCCAAAAUGAAGAUACAACUUACCUUGAUGCAGUAUGCAGAAUCCCAUCUACAGCACUCACCUCGGAAGCAGCACGUAAACAAUACCUGCUCUGAAAUAUUUCUUAUUUUACUUCCUUGUCUGUUUUCUUUUUUUUUCUUUCCUUUUUUUUUUGUUAAGCUGCUCUGAUUCGUAAAGCUUGAAUACCAGUGCAAAACUGAAGAGGGUGGGGGAGAAAAGGACCUUUUCAGGUGUAGUCUGUGAGCGUACAGUCAUGUUGCAGACCUUAGCGGAGGAGUCGCGGGCUGCUGGCGUAAGCAGCACAUGCAAGCCAAAAUGUCUCAGGUUCUGAGCACACUUUUCUUUGCACUCUGAACAAGCCUCAGUUUUUCUUUGCCGUGCAAUGUGUAUUAUCUAGUUUAUAUAUGUAUAAAGUCUAUUGAAGACAAAAUGAGCUGCACAGCCUGAAACCCUGGGCUGAUACGUUGCCUUUCCAAAGCGAGCAAAACCCACAAGAUACAGGACCCAGGGAAAGGGCUGCGAUGCAAAACCUGGGCAGAAGUUGGUGGUAACUGCUAAAUCAAAACUCCCAUUGAAUUUUGGGCUCAUGAAGGACUGCACAGUCUGGCCUAUGUUUUUUGGAGCUUGUUUUCCCUCUGAGCUCCUCUUUCACCCCUACAGUCCCACAUGCCUCCCUUCAAAACCAGUGCUGUAGUGGCAGAAAGCGGAGUCGGGAUGAGCCCUACCCUGAGAGCAACCCCAGGAGCAAAGCAGUACACGUGGACUUUGCUUUUCUCCUCUCCUGCUAUGUGCAGCCCCUGCAGCCACAGUUCGGUGAAUGUAUUAGUCUUUUUUCUCCUGUGCUCCCAAACAUGCUUAAGCAAAACAGUACAAACCAGACUGCAGCGUAAGCUGCGAAACUCACUGCUGCUGGGCGCUAAUGAGGCAGAUAACCUGCACCUUUGGAAGCAGGCUUGUUUGCUUUCUGCUUUGCAAACAAAUUAGUAUGAGACAUAUCCUGCAGGUCUUGCUCAGCCUCCCACGGAGCAAGCGGCAGCUGUGACAGGACUGGGAUGGCAGCGUUGGGACACUUCUGCUGUUUUCUAUUCCCUCCUCCUGUCUGUCUGUCUCUCUGCUGCCGCAAUCAGACAGAGCGGUAUGGUCUAAGGGGAUUUCUAGUGUUUUGUAGUGCUGGCUCAUGUCAUGAGAGGAUGCUAAUCAAAACAGCAUUAGCCUCAAAUUUUCAUCCUGCAUCCACUCACCCUGCAAGGAACCAUCUCCCAGAACAGGGGCAUCAAGCAUGAAAGCAAACGUUCCUUUGAGGAGACAGCUGUCCUGCUGCUCCGGCACCUCAUGGCUUUUGCUGCGGUCCCUCUGACGAUAAACGGAUCUUUCCCCACUGCCCUUCAGCAGGAGGAGACAUGUCUUCCUCGGUUUUAUUUGUCCCCUGGAGCUGUUGCUACUCGGCGUGACAUGUGAGAGCAAGUAGCAGUGAAAAGUGAUCCUGGGGGAUGAGAGUUUCUCAGGACAAACUGUGCUAACGUAAGCUCCUGCCCUGCUCCAGCAAGGCACUUAAGCCUGUGCUUAGCAGAAGGCAGGGGAAAAAAAAGCACACGCCUAAUUGCUUUGCUGGAUUGGGAUGUGAUGCGUUGAGCAUUAAAUCCCUUGUUAUUCAGUACUGUAACAGCACCCAGAUUGCACAGGGCAGCUCACUGCCAUGUGUGAAGACGGUGUCUUUGACAUGGAGAACAUGCAGCUAUAAAAACCUGUCCUUGCUGCUGAGGUUUGGCUGAUCCAGCAUCCCUCUCCCAAAAGCUUGAGCAGUGAAGUCGGCUCUGGGCUUGCACGCCUCGGGGUGGGUGUUUCAUUUUACCGGCACAGUUCAGUGCUUCAUUUUUGCAUUUGUUCAGUUUUUCCCUAGAAGCCUCCCAACUUCAUUCGCAUCCACACCCCCGUUAGCCACUAUCGAACUACCAGGUCUUGGUCAAAUUUUCCAUAAUGCUUUCUCCCUGAGGAUCUGAUGAGCUGCGGACAGAAGUUUCUUGUGUUUGCUCCUUAAUGAGUUUUGGGUUUUAUAUUUUAUGAAAAUGUUGGCGUGGUUGGUCCUUGUACCUCUUCCACCACGACCCAGCUCUGCCGGGGGGUGUCUGCAUGUCUUGCUGAGUGCCGGCAUGCCUUGCUCUCCUAUCCGCAGUGAGAAAUCAGGCCCAUUAUUUCACUUUCUUGCUUCGGUUUGCAGAGACUGUGAAAUUUCCCAUCUUGGCAUUAUUGCUCUGUGACCCCUGCCUAUUUCAGAAACAAAAUCUUGGCGCCAAGAGCCCCAAAGAGACGAGUGACCCAUGCUUGAAUGCAAAACACUGCUUAUAUCAGGAUGCUCAUCACCCAUCCUAUCACAACAACCACUGCCCAUCCCAGCAGAGACAAGCAACCCUACCAAAACACAUUUGUGUGUUACUUCUCCAGAGCCUCUCCUGGUGAGAAACCGUAUUUUAUUCCCCAGCACUCACCAGCAGCUCUUCCCUGACAAACUAGAACGAGUCAUCAGUGGUGGGAGAGCAGGAUCCAGGGCAUCCAAUUGCAUAAGGAUAAGGAAAGGGUUACAUCCCCGCACGCAAUCCUCCGUGCUCCCAGUCCAGGCUGCAGGGCCAGUUUUCAUGCCAAGAAGACUCCGUGGGACUGUGGUGGGUAAAAGCAGGUCUGAGCGUCUGAAAACACCAACUCAGUCCCAUUUGCAUUGCUGCUUGAACAGCCACAUCCAUCCGUUUGCCUGACUGCGGGCCCUCUGUAGCUUGGUUAUGUCUCUCCACCAAAGCCAGCCAGGAGGUAGGACCUAUAUAAAGUAUUCCCUGGGGCUCCCUGUUAUUCAGGGGUUUGAAAUGGCUGGAAGACGUCUGUAUCGCCUGUCAAUGCCUUAUAUACAAUAAUGCAAAACGCACUGUGGUUACAAAUGAAAUGCUCUGAAACCUUC